CUGAGCCGCUCGGAGUAGCACCAGAGCGCUGUGUAUGCAGGAACAGGCUCUGCACAGCGUCAAAGCGAACAAAUGAAAACCAAAACUACGCUUUCGUGUGGAUUUAUUUUGGGGCAACACGCUGAGUCGAAGUAGAAGGACUAUUGUUGGAUUUUGAGCGCCUGGCUUGACUGUGGAUUGUACCUUCUCUACCAUAACACCACCGAAUGAUUUCUCUGGCUUCGCCGCUGAGUUCGCUGGCAAAGAGAAACAGCCGAUAAUGUGCGGCGCCUCCUCUGAAACCACUCCCACUUCCUGUCUGUAGAGGAAGCGGCUGGGCCAGCAUGUCCUCCCACCAGUCCGUGCCACCGAGCCGGAGGACAGUGGAUACCAGGCACCUGUCCAACCCCGCCUCUCUACCUCUUCAGCUCCAGCGGGCACACACGGAAGUGGGGCUGGUGGACUAUCAUGGUCAUCAUGCUCGGGAUUACAGCUCUCAUCUGGGACAACCUCAUCGCCGCCGACCCUCACUGCUGUCAGAGUUUCAGCCGGGGAUUGAGAGGGGACAAGAACAGCAUAUACGGUAUGAGCACAUCUACCUGCCUGAGCACAGCGGCCAAUCUGAGGUGGAGUAUGCCGAGAUCAAACGCCCGCGGUUAGAGAUGGCCCCAGAGAGCCUGAUACGCCCCACAUCCCACCGGCCGUCACUGCCUUUGGGGGGGGUGGAGGACCUAGCAAAGGAGCGUGGAGGUGGCAUGGGGAAGUUGGAGCCCAUCUCUCCUGUGAGUCCCAUCACCAUGGACCCUGACUUGGACCUGGUGCCAACCCGCUUUUCCAAAGAGGAGCUGAUUCAGAACAUGGACCGCGUGGACCGAGAGAUCACUAUGGUGGAGCAGCAGAUCUGCAAGCUUCGAAAGAAACAGCAACAGCUGGAGGAGGAGGCAGCAAAGCCCCAUGAGCCAGAGCGGCCCAUUUCCCCACCCCCGAGCGAGGCCAAGCACCGCAGCCUGGUGCAGAUCAUCUAUGACGAGAACAGGGUGAAAAAAGCUGAAGAGGCUCAUAGGAUACUCGAGGGACUGGGACCCCGGGUGGAACUGCCUCUAUACAAUCAACCCUCAGAUACUAAACAGUACCAUGAGAACAUUAAAAUUAACCAGGCCAUGAGAAAGAAGCUCAUCUUGUAUUUCAAGAGAAGAAAUCAUGCCCGGAAGCAGUGGGAACAAAAAUUCUGCCAACGUUAUGACCAGUUGAUGGAGGCCUGGGAGAAGAAAGUGGAGCGCAUUGAGAACAACCCACGUCGCCGGGCCAAGGAGAGCAGAGUGCGUGAAUAUUAUGAAAAACAGUUCCCAGAGAUCCGGAAGCAGAGGGAGCUGCAGGAACGCAUGCAAAAUCGAGUUGGGCAGCGUGGAGGUGGUCUGGCGUCUGCAGCUCGAAGUGAACAUGAGGUCUCUGAGAUCAUUGAUGGGAUUUCAGAACAUGAGAACACAGAGAAACAAAUGCGGCAGUUGGCAGUCAUCCCUCCCAUGCUGUUUGAUGCUGAACAGCAACGUAUCAAGUUUAUCAACAUGAAUGGACUAAUGGAUGACCCCAUGAAGGUGUACAAGGACCGCCAAGUCAUGAACAUGUGGAGUGAGCAAGAAAAGGACACUUUUAGAGAGAAAUUCAUUCAGCACCCCAAAAACUUUGGCUUGAUUGCAUCAUUUCUUGAGAGAAAGACUGUGGCAGAGUGUGUACUUUUUUACUAUCUUACCAAAAAGAAUGAAAACUACAAAAACAUUGUACGGCGAAACUUCAGACGCCGGGGAAGAAGCCAGCAUGGACAGCAACAACAACAGCAGCAACAAGUGAACCGUAACAACCAGGAGGAAAAAGAAGCUGCAAGGGAGGAGGACAAGAAUGAAGCAGAGGACAAGGAUGAUGGAAUGAAGGAUGACACGUCUGGAGAGGAUGCAGAGGACAAGGAGCCCACAGUGGCUUUUAAGGGUCGACGUACAGCCAACAGCCAGGGCCGCCGUACGGGCCGCAUUACCCGCUCCAUGACCAGUGAAGUGGAGGAAACAUCUGCACCACCUGUCAACAAUGAACUUGCCAAUCUGGAAAUGAAUGAGAGCUCACGAUGGACUGAAGAAGAAAUGGAGACUGCUAAAAAAGGGCUUCUCCAAUAUGGUAGGAACUGGUCUGCCAUCGCCAAAAUGGUGGGAUCCAAAACUGUGUCACAAUGCAAGAACUUCUACUUCAAUUACAAGAAAAGGCAGAAAUUGGAUGAGAUUCUGCAGCAGCAUAAAAUGAAAUCUGAAAAGGAGCGGAAGGCUCGCCGUAGGGGUAAGACUUCACAGAGUGAGGAAGCCAAUGCCCAGUUUGCAGCUGAAGAGGAGGAGAUGGAGGGUUCAGGGGGCAGUGGCAAUGAAGAAGAGGCCCCUGAGGAUGGAGAAGGUGGAGCUAACAAUAGCUCUGACACAGAAAGUUUGCCUUCCCCACAUUCAUCAGAGGACAGCAAGGCAAAGGAAGAGGGUGCAAGCAAGUCAAAGCCCAGCGCCAACACUGGGGACAAGGAUGGGGCCGGGUCAGACUCCGCUCAGACAGAGGAUGAGAAGCCUGUAGUUAAAGAGGAUGCUGAUACUUCUGUUAAACUGGAGAUAAAAACUGAGACUGGAGAAGGCAGUAAGGAGCCUCUAGCAGCAGUCAGUGACACACAGGACAAAAAACCCCCCACCACAGAGACUGAGGAAGGCAAGCCCUCCACAAAGAGCUCUAAGAAGGACCAUAGCGCCAAAGCAGGCUCUCACAGAGACAGUGACUCUAGUGCCACAUGCAGUGCUGAUGAAGUUGAGGAGACUGACAGCAAUGAGAAGUCCAGAAUAACGUCACCAAGGCCAAGCUUACUCAACUAUUCCCACGAUGGGGUCAUAUCGUCACCAAUACAGAAACCAAUGGACCUGAAGCAGCUGAAACAGAGAGCUGCUGCUAUCCCACCCAUUAUGCCAGAGGCUUCAGUACAAGGUAAUCAACGCAGUGGUGCAGGCAAGGCGGCUCUCCCCCCGCACGCCUAUGAACUGUUACAGCGACAGAUCACCAGGGCUCACGGGGAGUCCUCUCAGGAGGUCAAAGCCCAGCAGCAGGCCCUAAGCACCCCAGGAAAAGGGCAGCCAUACCCCCCACAGGCUGAGCGUGACAGCAGCCCUCGCGUCCGUCCUCGCAGCCCCACCAGCUGCGACAAGGAUGAGAAGUCCAGACCUUAUUCCCCUCACAGUGAAGCUAAGAAACAGGCACUUGGCCCCGAUGACCCUAGGACUUCCUCUUUAGGUCGUCCUGUAUUGUCCCCAUACCCAGUGUCCCCUCGCGACAUGGCCAAGAUCAGCCAUGACCAACACCUGCUCCACUACAACUCAUUUCAGCAGUCAGGCCACGCUGCACUUGGUUUGCCCCAAGAAAGCAGCAGGUUAGCAACAGUAAGACCUAUGUCAAUGCCAGAGCCGCCACCUCUUAUUUCAUCCAGCAAACCAGGAGGUUCAAUAACUGAGGGCACACCAGUACAACUUCACAGUCCAGCUCACAAUUUGGAUCACAGUAAAGCAACUUCUUCACAGAUGUCUUGGGUUGAUCCAAGGAAAACUGGGGCCUAUCCAGUUGUGAAGCAGGAGCAGCUGUCCCCGCGGAGCUCCUCAUCCCAGGCUGAGACUUCCCAGGGGGCGUCCCAUGACAGUACACGAGCUUCCCAUGCAGCUGUGCAGGGGGGUAGUAUUACAAAGGGCAUCCCUGGGACUAGAAUGCAUCCAGAACCAAUUUCCUAUAGAGGAGGCUCCAUUACUAAGGGCACUCCAGCUGAUGUGCUGUAUAAAGGAACCAUCACUCGUCUAAUCACAGAGGACAGUGCCAACCGCGCAGAGAGGGAGCGGGACGAGGCACUGUCCAAGGGCCAUGUGCUGUACGAGGGCAUCAGUGGGCACAUUCUCACUUAUGAUCGCCCACCUUCUCAGCCACCUAAAGAUGAGAGCAGAGGUGCAGCUGAAGUCCCUGGUCUCAAACGGCCCUAUGACGUCAUGGAGGGGGGCAUCAGCAGAGGGCUGCCAAUCAGGGAUUCGCUGUCUGCUGCCAACUGUGAGGGCCUGAUUGGUCGAGCUUUGCCCCAUGACCGAGACAGUGCACACCAUAACCCUUAUAAGGAUGCCCAUCAUAACCGGGGGUCUAUUUCUCAAGGCAUACCGCGCCAUCUGGACACUCAGGAUGUUUAUCUGAGGAGGGAGGCUAAACAGAUGAAGCGGGAGGGUUCCCCGCCGCGUGCCCCUGGCUCCCUGUCAGACCCACUGAAGGGCAGGGACCCAAUGGUACCCACUGUGAAAGAACCCGGGCGCUCCAUCCAUCUUAUUCCCAAGGAAGGCAUUAUAUCUCAGGUGGCUCCAAUCAAGCAAGACUCCCCUGCUUCAGGAAAGCGUCAUGAUGUUCGCUCUAUCAUGGCUAGUUCUCCACGCUCCUACCAUAAUACUCCCCCGCACAUGGAUGUCCGUGGGGAGAGGGCUCGGUAUGAAGAGCCUAAAGGCCGUCCCAGUGCUGUUGUUAGCACAGCCAGUCCUAUGGCCCGAUCUUCACCACUCACUCUUGGGGCGGAGCAAGGUAAGGCCCACCAUAGUCCAGUGGGCUACGAUGAGAAGGGCCCUUUAAGGAGUUCCUAUCCUGGGCCCUCACACCGUGGCUCUCCACUCUCAAGAGAGGGAGGACAGAGGCAGCAUGAUGGUUCAAAUAAGAAUCCUUCUCAGGAGAGGAAGGCCACACCCACCCCAAGAGAGAUGAGCGCUACAAAGUCUCCUCUCCCAGGUGUCUCAGACCAGCAGACCUAUGAGCGUCUGCUGCAUGGGCUUGGAGCUGCUGAGGUCUACCGCCAAAUUCCUCUACCUUUUGAUCCAGCAACACUUCCCCGCGGCAUCUCCAUUGACCCAGCUGCCUACUAUUUGCCUCGCCACCUUGCACCAAACCCAGCAUACCCUCACCCUUACCCCUACCUCAUCCGAGGUUUCCCGGACACUGCAGCUUUGGAGAAUCGUCAAACUUUGUUCAACGAUUACAUCACCUCUCAGCAAAUGCACCAGUGGCCUGCAGCGGCUGCAAUGGCUGCCCAGCGCUCAGAUCUACUUAGAGGCCUUGCUCCACGAGACCAGCUACCCUUACCCUACACCACACCACCUCGUGCAAUCCUAGAUCUGUCUCAGGUGACCCCACACUUGCCUGUCCUGGUCCCUCCACCUGCAGGGGCAGGAGGCUCUCCGAUGGAGCGCAUCACAUACCUGCCUGGGACUAGUCCCUCAUUCCCGGGCAGGCCUUACACCACCUCUCCCAUUUCACCAGUUGGUUCAUCCCACAUAAACAAGAUGCAAAGUUCAUCAUCUGAACGUGAGCGUGAAAGGGAGCGCGAGCGUGAAAGAGAGCGUGACCGGGAUAGAGAGAGGGAUCGGGACAGAGAAAGAGAGAGAGAACGAGAGAGGGAGAGAGAAAGGGAUCGAGACAGAGAGAAGAGCUCUCAUGGAGUUGUGGAGCAUGCGCCAAUUUGGAGACCUGGUACUGAGCACUCUGCAGGCAGUAGCAGUAGUGGAGCCAGGGCCUCCUCUCAGCCCUACAGCCACCAGCACUCUCCAGUAUCUCCUCGAAACCAGGACAACGUGCAGCAGCGGCCAAGUGUCUUACACAACACAGGGGGCAAGAGUCUGUCUGUCAGUGAACACGCCAGUUCAUCUGUUCUGCGAUCCAUGCCCCCAGGCUCAGGGCGUUACCAGAAUUACCCUGGCCACAUGAGAACAGGAUUGCCACCUGAGGCCUUCCCACCUAGUACUGACUCUGCCAAAGAGCAGAGCCGUGAUGGCAGCAAAAGCAGAGGAAUUCCCAAGCAUGUCCCAGAGCAGCAUGGACCAUCAAGUAAAUCUGAGUCCAAGUUGUCGAGCCACAGCCCAGCAGGAAUGUACCCCUCUCCUUAUUCCUCUGCAGCGGGCCGACUUGCGCUGCCACCCCAGCCGGAGAACCCUCCAGGUCGUGGAGAAAGUGGUACUCCAAGUAGGGAAAAGACUCAAAACAAACCGAUGUCCAUUCAGGAACAAGAGCUCCGAGCACUCGGCCAGAAAAUGGAACCUCACAAUAUGUACCGUCCUCCAUCAGUAGAGAGGAUGUCUCCAGGCCAACAGCCUCCAUCUCCCUGUGUCAAAGGCAGUCAAAGAGUUGUAACUCUGGCCCAGCACAUCAGUGAGGUUAUAACUAAAGACUACACAAGGCAGAGCCAACAACAGCAGAGCUACCAUGGUUCUCCAGUCUUGGAUCUGACCCGUCCACCCAGUGCCUCACAACCCCCUUCAACUCAACAGGACACAGGAGGGCGGUAUUCAGAUAGCCUUGGAGGAGAAAGAAACAGAGACAGGUCCCCAUCUCAACCCAAGUCAUCCCCUGUCAGUGUUUCAAAUGAUGGCAUUGAGCCUGUUUCUCCAGCUGGAGCCAACUCGGAUCCUGAUGCCCAGGGAAGCGCUGCAUACCCCAAUGAGCAGGCAGAACAAGGCAUUGGCUCCCGGUCCCCUCCCAAUGCCUCCCAACCACCAGCUUUCUUUAGCAAGCUCACAGAGAACACCUCAGCUAUCGUCAGGUCAAAGAAACAAGAGAUAACCAAGAAGAUGACCGUUGUGGGAAAUGAAAAUGAUUUCAAUGCUGGUCAGCCAGGGACUGAGAUCUUCAAUAUGCCAGCAUCCACGGGUGCAGGACCAGUGAAUGUGCGCAGCCACCCUACCCCAGAAGCCCCUGGGAAUUCCAUCGGUCUGGAAGCCAUCAUCCGAAAGGCCUUGAUGGGCAAAUAUGACGACCAGUCUGAGGAUCGCUCUCCAUCCAACCCUGGCUCCAGUGGCCCGGCAGCUGGUGUGGAUGGCCGUGCUGAAGAUAGUUUCGCUCAAGGAGGAGCAAAGUCCUCAAAGGGCAAUGGACGCUCUAAUGGUCGCAAAACCAAGUCCCCAGGACCGGGCUUGUCUGGAGGAGAACGUCCCUCCUCUGUUUCCUCUGUCCACUCUGAGGGAGACUAUAACAGGAGGACCCCACUCAGCAACAGGGUGCUAGAAGAAAGGCCAUCAUCUACAGGUUCCACUCCCACACCCUAUCCCUAUAACCCUCUGACCAUGCGGUUCCCCAGUGGGACAGUGUCUGCUCCCUCUCCAGGACAGGGCGCUCCUGGCCCUGGAGCACAGGGGCGCUGGGAGGAGGAGCCUAAGCCUCUGCUCAUGUCCCAGUAUGAGACGCUUUCGGACAGCGAAUGACCUGGACGUCACUACAGUCACCAUGUCGACACUACCAGUGCCACACCAUUCCUUCACUGUCCACAUUCAGUCAUCAGUCACUUGCCUCUUGUCCUCACACAAAGCACCACAGGGGCAGGACUGGAGCUCCUCGUGUCUUUUAUGCUUUCACCUUCUGCUCUCACUCCACCACUGGGCUCAAGGACGCAUCAUUGUUUAAACAGUUUCACGGGCCGUACCUUGACAGAUUCACUGAGCUGUUCCUCUGGCUGCUGGCUGCUCCUCUGGCUGCUGGACCUUGUAGGAAGGGUGUUGGUUUGGCCAGAGGCACAUGAUGAAUUGCUACCACUACACAAGUGUUAGAGAUGUGGGAGGGCCAAAGUGGCUUUGCUUAUUUGUCUUCUCCUUUUCUUCAGUUGAGUCUGUAGACAGUGAGCUGAACCUCAGUACAUUUUGAUGGUGGACAUUUGAUUGUGUCAUUUGUCGUCUGAUAUCUGCAGUGAUGUAUCUUGUUUUUGCAAGGUCUGGGGGUACAGGUUUUGUAGGAGGGUCAUAUCAUAGGUUUACAGGGUAACUUAACUGUUAUUGCUGAUGUCAUAUAUCUGAGAGGUCCCAGAGAAUAGGCCUGUUGACUUCAGUCCUCUAAAUGUGCGGAGAUAAUGGCACCGACACAAGUGACACUUUCUCACUGUUUUUAUAAUAACCAUGUCUGUGUUUGUUUUGGAUGUUAAGCACUUAGCUGGAAGUCUCCUCAGUGUUUUUUUUAUUAAUCAUAUUUACAAGGCGGAUGAAAAAUGGAUUCAGAAACAGCGUAGCCAUUUCUUUCUGGAACUUUCCAAUGCAACCGUUUUUGAUGUUGCCACUGAAACCUUCAGUGUCCCCCCCCCCCCCCCCACACACUCAAAACGACAAUCACACUUUUGACCGAUAAGUACGCUGCUCGGAGCAAAUGCAUCCCAACCCUAAGGCUGCUUGGAGAUGAACCUCUCAGACACAUCACUUGGACUUUGUGUGAUUUAAAGAUGUGACAAAGAAGCCAUCUUUUUCCUGACCCUGGACUGACGCAGCAUGACUUUUACUUUGCUUCAGAUGUGACUGUCAUUGUCCGGCUGUGGUGAAACUGAAAACAAUUCCUCUUUCACUUUGUACAUUUAUAGUGUUAAGUGCCAUUUAUUUUACAUAAACAGUACUGAAAUUACAGAGUGACGCACAAACUCUUUGGUUCAACCCAGAUACAUGGGGUUACAGGGAUAUUGCAAACUCCAACAUUUUUUGUGUUUUUUUCUCAAAUUUAUUACAGCCCUAGCUUUUAUUUGAAGGUGAUGCCUAAUAUCACAGGACCAUUAUUGCAACUGUUAAGAUCUCUCCACUUGACACACUUGGUUCAAAGAAAUGAAGGGGGAAGCCCUUAAAAGCUUCCUGGUAGUCCUCUGUAACCACCCAUGCAUUAAGUUGUUUUUACUCCCAGUAUUUAAUUUUUUUUAAGUUGCUGAGUUUGUCACAGUGGAGAUUCACAACACAUGACUGUUAUAGGACUACCUCCUCUCCCUCCUUUGUGCUACCUGUUGACGGUGGUGGUUAAGCAUGCCACAUCUCAGCUCUUGUGUUGUUUUUGGCUGGACUGAUAAAACAUGUGUUUAUUUGUUUGAUUAAAAAAAUAUAGGCAGGCUUUGUAUAUAUAAGCCUGCUUUGGUAUGCUAUGUGUAUUCACAGAUGUUAAGAAUGUGACAGCAAACUAAAAAAAACAAAAACAAAGCCAUAUCCAUUUUCCCUCAAACAAGAGAUUGAGUUUUGUUUUUAAAGGUAUAUUGAAACACUUAAAAAACACACACAUCACGUUUCGUAGUUUGUUUGACUUCACGUUUUUCUUUGUUUCUGUAAAAAUGAAUUAAGUCUACAGUAGAUAGUUCCCUGCACUGUCCAGCGGUGAGUGGGUGGGUGAAUGGGGGAUUGAGAAAACAGUACAAUGUUCAACCAUUUUGUGCAUACAGAUUUUUUUUUAAAAUAUAACCCACUGUAUAAUAGCAAGGAUUGUAUAUAAAACUGAAGAGAUGUAAAUAUUUAUGUGGCUUGCUUUAAGGUUGGUAUUACAGAAAAAAUGUUCACAUGGUUUAAUUACUACAUGCCACCAGCAAGCUUUGUGGAUAGCAGUGUAAAAACGAAAACAAAAGACACUGCCUUAAUGUUUAAAUAAAAAGCUUAUUGCCAUUCA